UCUCACCCUUCGGCAAAGAGCCCAAGUUGAUGUUCCUCAGUGCGCAUGCCCGAUCGUGACACUGUCCCUUUCAGUGCGCCAACAGCGCGUCAACAGAGGAAUGCGGAUGGUGAUCAUUUUGAACGGUAACACAGCCACUACCAUGAAGAUGCUGGUCCUGAUGCUGUUGUUUUUUCCGACGAUCUACGGGUCGUCCCAAAAGAUCACUCCAACAAGCUCCGCUGAAGCCUUGUCUUCAUCAGCAUCGUCGUCGUCGUCGUCGUCGUCAAUUUCAACGUCACAUUCAUCAUUGUUGCUUGAAUUGACGCCCUCAUGGACGUUUGUUUCUCGCUCUUUGCCUUCUUUAUCUAUAUCAGGGCCUGUAAAUCCAACAAGUGCUUUGAGUACAGCGGUACCAAAGGAAACGAGUCUCACGCCACAUCCGUCAGCCAUUUGGCCCACAUCGUCAUCUGUUGCUGAUGCAUCGUCAGUAUGUGGAGGUGUGAUGACUAAAAAAACUGGUGUAAUUGACGAAGCCGGCAGCCCAACAAACUAUAAAUCUUGCAACUGGAUGAUUUAUUCGCCAGUCGAGGACUCCACCAUACUAAUGGUUUUUGAAAAUCAUACAGUCAAUCGCUGGACUUCCUGGAUUUCGAUACGGACUUGGAGACAAAACAAGAAUCUUUACCAAGGAAGGGACCCAUUUGCAAUUUUGCCGUUGGGCAGGAAUAUCACAGUCAGUCUUAUCUCGUACGGUUCUUAUUUUAGACUGAAGGCCCAUUACUUUGUGCUGAACAACACACCAGAAGGUUCCCACCAACGUGAAUGGAAUGUUACAGUCAGUGACGUCAGCUCAACAACGGUCAAUGUGAGUUGGUGUCAACUUAGUGAGAUUGCCUCAAAUGCCACCUACAUAUAUGGCUAUGUAGCUACAGUGCGCUUGCUACAGAAUGAUACUGGUGACAUACUUACGCUGAAUGUGACAAAUGCUCCAACUUCGAAUACAAGUUCAUCCUUCCUAAGUACUGUGGUGAGUGGCCUUAGACCCUACAGAGAGUAUGAAGUGAAAGUAGUGGCUCUCGUCAGAGAUCGGCAGACGGGUGUAAUUUUGUCGAAAAGCAGUCCAACUCAUGAAUUUCAAACUCUGGAGAGCGUUCCUGGCGCUGUUUCAUGGCUGUAUGUGCGCAGUCGAGAUGUCCACCGUUUGGAAAUUGAAUGGAGUCCAAUAUCUAGCGAAGAUGCUCAUGGAAUUCUUCUUGGCUACACAGUGCACUACAGAAUUGUUAAUUCAAACGAGAACUUUACGCAUGUUAGUGUGAAAGCAAAUACGCGAAAUUUAUAUUUAACCGGUCUGAAGGAAGAUACAAGAUAUAGAAUCAAAGUUGCAGGUCGUACAUCUGUUGGGAAUGGUGCAGAGCGUUCUACAUAUGCUAACACAGGGUGUGGGCAGAACUUUGAUGAACCUUCGGGUGAAAUCAGUUUAAGGAGUGCGCGCUCAUAUUAUUCAAGAGACUGUAAUUGGAUAAUCCAGGGUCCGGUAGUAAACUCCAGCAUUCUUCUUGUUUUUGAAGACUAUUAUGGCUGUAGCUAUGCACGAGUAGGAAGCAGUCGACAAACAAGGUACCAGGACUGCUAUUACCAACAGAUACCUUUUGCAGUAUUGGUGUUGGACAACUAUGUUGAAUUUACAUUUAGCCGACGGUACGGCUCCAGAACUCGACUGAAAGUUCAUUUUUUUAACUCACAAGUGGACGCUCUUCACCAAGCUGGAUGGAAUGUUACAGUUUUAAACGUUAGCUCCACAGAGGUCGAACUCAGUUGGUCUCGGUCGAAUACCAACGGUUCAAAUUCCUCCUCCAUAUUUGGUUAUGUUGCUGACUUGCACAUGCUACGGAAUAGUAUCGGUGACGUACUUUUGAUGAAUGUGGAAAAUGCUUCCUCCUCAAACACAAGUUCCUCCUUGAGUACGGUGGUGAGAGGCCUUAGACCCUACACAAAAUACCGAGUGAAAGUUCUGGCCCUUCUCAGAAACCACAUGACUGGUAAAAUUUCACCGAAAAGCAGCACAGUUGUUGAGGUUCAGACUCUCGAGAGCGUUCCUGGUCCUGUUCCAUGGCUGCAUGUAAGCAAGCGAGGUUUCCGUAGUCUUCAGAUUGAAUGGGGUUCUAUAUCUAGCGAAGAUGCUCAUGGAGUCCUUCUUGGCUACACUGUGCACUACCGAAUUCAUAAUUCAUACGAGAGCUUCACGAAUGUUAGUGUGAACGCAACAACUCGUGAGUUAAGUAUAAAAGGUCUGAAGGAGGAUACAAGAUUUCAUAUCAAAGUUGCAGGUCGAACAUCUGUCGGGGAAGGUCCAGAGUAUUCUACAUAUACAUACACAGCGUGUGGACGCGCGAUGAAUGGAACAACUGGUUUCAUUGAUGUAGCUGACACCUCAUCAUACUAUAAAUCUUGCAACUGGAUGAUUUCUUCACCAUUCAAGGACUCCACCAUACUACUGGUUUUUGAACAUUAUACAGUCAAUUGCUGGUAUACACGGACUUCGAUACGGUCUGGGAGACAGAGCAAGGAUUUUUGUCAAGGAUGGGAUUCAUUUGUAAUUUUGGUGUUCGACAGAAAGGUCACAGUCAGUCUUACCUCGUACGGUUCUUACUUUAGAUUGAAGGCCUAUUAUUUUGUGCUGACCAACACUACUUCAGAAAAUCCCCACCAACAUGAUUGGAAUGUUACAGUUAGUAAAGUCAGCUCAACAGCCAUUGAUGUGAGUUGGUCUCGACUUAAUAACGACAACUCAAAUUCCACCUACAUAUAUGGUUAUGUACCUACCGUGCACAUAACACAGUAUAAUACUGGUGAUAUACUUGUGCUGAAUGUGACAAAUGCUCCUUCCAAAAACACAAGUUCCUCCUUUUUGAGUACGGGGAUGAGAGGCCUUAGACCCUACACAAAGUACCGAGUGAAAGUUGUAGCUCUUGUAAGAGAUCGGAUAACUGGUGUAAUCUCACUGAAAAACAGUGCAGCUAUUGAGGUUACAACUCCAGAGGGUGUUCCCAGUGCUGUUCCAUGGCUGUCUGCAUGGGACCGAGAUUUCAACAGUCUUCGUAUUUAUUGGGGCUCAAUAUCGAGCGAAAAGGCAAAUGGAAUUCUUCUUGGCUACACAGUGUACUACAGACCUUAUAAUUCAAACGAGAGGUUCACGAAUAUUAGUGUGAAUAUUAACAUGAAUGCUAUAACUAUAACCGGUCUGAAAAAGGCUACAGGAUAUGAGAUCAGAGUUACCGGUCGAACAUCCGUCGGGGAAGGUACAGAACGUUCUACAUAUGCUGAAACAGAGUGUGGACAGAACUUUGAUAAGCCAUCAGGUGAACUCGGUAUAAACAGUGGAUCCCAGUUCUAUUAUCAUAGAACUUGUAAUUGGAUGAUUCGAUCUCCGGUUGUGAACUCCAGCAUCCUCCUUCUUUUUGAAGAAUACCAACCUAAUGAAGCCUGGACUUAUAUCAGAAGUGCGAGAGAAACAAAGUGGCUGGACCGCUAUAAAAAGGUGCCUUUGGCAGUUUUGGUGAUGGACAGCUUUGUGAGAGUCCGUAUUUACAAGGGAAAUAAUAAUAAUCUACUGAAAGCUCACUAUUUCAUCAUGAACAACUCACGCUCCGUUGCUCUCUAUCAACGUGGUUGGAAUGUCUCAAUUAGUAACGUCAGCUCCAGAGCAAUUGUUGUCAGUUGGCCUCCACUGAGUACUACCAGCUUAAACUCCACUUACAUAUAUGGCUAUGUGGUUUUCUUGCGCAUGCUUUCAAAUUUCAUGGGUGACAUACUUGUACAGGAAGAAGCAAACUCCACUUCCUUGAGCACGGUGGUGAGUGGACUGAGAGCCUACGUGAAAUACCAAGUAGAAGCUGUUGCUUUCCUCAAGGAUCGUGUUAGUGGUAAAAUAUCCUUGAAAACCAGCGAAAGUGCCGAAACUCAAACUGCAGAGGGGGCACCCUCUAGAGGACCUUCGUACAACAGGGUCUUUACUUUGGAUUAUCAGAGUAUUUUUGUCAGUUGGUAUGCAUUGCCUCAAGAGGAUAGCGGUGGCAUUUUGCGAGGAUACAGAGUGUCUUACCAAGACAGCCGGACCCAACAAACCAAAAAUGUUACCUUGGAACCAGAGGAGCGGCGGGUUAUCUUAACUGAUUUAGAGCCACAAACGUAUUACAUUAUUUACGUCUCUGCGUUUACAGCCAUGGGUGAAGGUCCAGGAAACUCUUAUUGGAUCAGAACACUGUGUGGAGCCACCAUUUCUGGUCACUUUGGAGAAAUGUCAAGUCCCGGGUUUCCUCAUUACAUCAAUCGGGGUGAAUGUAGUUGGAGCUACACCGCUCCUGACAAUAACUCAGUACUCUUGCUCACAUUUCAACACUUCGAUUUACCGUUUACAUGGAACUGCAGGCGUUUUUACAUGGAGAUCAAUAAAGGACAGGAUGUCGAGAGGAUUUGUGGGAGAAGGGACGGAUUAACAGUUGUUUGGGAGGGUCCUUCCUUACACCUGCGUUAUCAUUCGGAACGCCGGACAUCUUUAGCAACUGGUUUCAGGGCACAAUAUCACACACUUAACAAGUCAUUAGCCGAAGCCCCUCGUAUACAAGGCUGGAAUAUAACUGCUGAGAGUACCUCCUCUACAACAGUGUUAGUGACGUGGCCGAAUGACACCCUUGCUCUUUCGAUGAAGGAUGUUUACGGCUUCGUUGCAGCUUGCACAGCAACUGAAAUCAAAGAUACUUUACGUCUAGCUGCAGCUAAUUCUUCGACCUUCAGAACUUUGGUGCAAAGGCUUUUGCCCUACACAGAAUACAGGGUCCAAGUGACUGCCUUAUCCAAAAGUCAGAGUAACGGAUCAGUUUCAAUGGGGAGCAGUAGUGUUGUGGUACUCAGGACAAAGGAAGAUGUUCCUUCAAAGCCACCAAGUAACAUCGCGGCACUCGGGACAAAUUCUACAACUAUACGAGUUACAUGGUCUCCAAUAGAUAAACGUGAUAUCCGAGGAGAACUGCAAGGUUACCUGGUUCAGUAUAAGGAGGCCUGGUCACAAGAGAGCUAUCACAAUAUCUCCGUUGGGCCUCUAGUCUCGUCUGUGCAAUUGAAAGGCCUGAAAGUUUUCACACUGUAUAGAAUCUACCUCGCCGGGUUUACAAGAGCUGGUGUUGGGGUUCAAAGUCGACCACAUUUUCCUAAAACGGGUUGCCUGUUUUUUGUGCCUAGCGAUGUUACAGACUUCGCCAGUCCAAACUUUCCCAGUAAUUAUCCAAGUAACGCCAACUGCACAUGGGUGAUAGGUCAAGGAAUGGAAUUGAAGGAAACGAAGAUCAUACUGUUCUUCGACUACUUACAUACAGAAGGUUUUGGUACUCCAUGCAGCUCGGAUUAUGUUCAAGUGAGCGACAAAUCUCAAAGUAUAGACUGGAAAUUUUGUGGGAAGCAGCCUCCGUUUGCUGUCACCUUCACUGAAAGUUCUUUUACAGUACGUCUGUAUUCAGACAAUGGAAUAGAGGAAAAAGGUUUCUACGCUCGAUAUCUUUUGGUGAGACAGGAAAUAGAUCUUGAUUUGGCGAAAAAAGAGGAGAACACGAAUUCAGCCUCAGCCGUAUUAGAGUGGAAAAAGACGCAAAAUGUUGGUGAAUUGAAGGGUUACAUUGUAUUGUACAAGUUGUCUCAGUCAUCGACGUAUUGGAAUGUCAUACGGACAAAUGAUACUCAAGUAUCGCUCAAUAACAUUCAGCCAAGAAAAGAAUAUACCGUCAGAGUGCUACUCUUGGCCAAGUCAAAUGUCACCUACAUUAGUCAAACGUUCACCCUAGAAACUGGCGUAGUGCAAACUACGGGGGAGCCAACAAAUACACCGAGUCCAACAGCGGAAGUGCCAAUGCAACUCAUGUACCCUUACGGUCCUUCCGCUGGUGAUUCGGAAAUUCCAAACACGUAUGAGUACUCGUGGCAAUGUUUUAAGAUCGAUAUCCCGGACGAUGGAAUGCAAUUCUUUGGCAAGCGCCACUAUAAAGUUUACAUCUGUCGCAACGGUUUGCUGCAAUUUGAUUCUCAAUGGCUUCCCUGGUGGCCAUACAAUUUCGGGGAACGUUGGUGGCUGAAGAAAAAGGCAAUGUUGGCGCCCUAUUGGUGUUUGACGGAUACGGACGAAUCUUUUGUGAUUCAGGGCUUUUCUAAAGUUUACUAUCACGUGUAUUCAGAUUCCGAUCCAAGUUCUACUCCUAUGUUAAAGAGGGCCUCCUCAGACACCAAGAGGCUGUUGUCGACCACUUUGCCGACCGCCUUCAAGGCGUCAUGGGUGCUGGUGGUAACGUGGAAAAAUUUUCGUCCGUAUCAGUAUCCUGCCAAUAUGGCAAACCAGGGAAAUACGUUUCAGUUGGUUUUGAUCACGAAUGGAGUGUACUCCUUCACGAUGUAUAAUUAUCCAAGCAGCGGCCUGCAGUGGUCUGCUCCCACCCAGAGAAUGUAUUAUCAAUAUUAUUCCAAUGCGCGUGGUUUGCCUGUGGUUGGUUGGAAUGCUGGAGACAAAGGAGAAAGGAAAUAUAACAUGCCACGAUCGGGUACCGUAAACAUAGAAACAAUCGAUGGAAUAAGAGGCAACGCUGACAUGGUUGGGAAGUGGUUCUUCAGACUGGAAGAAUCCCUUGGGAAACUGAACGCAAGACAGGAGUGCAUUGGCUGGUUCAAAGCGCAACCAGAUCCUCGAUUCUACACUGAAGGCCUCGAACCUUGUCCUUGUAUAUUGAGACAAGCGUGGUGGGACGAAAGGUUCACAGUCAACUGGAGAGACUGGCCUAGAAUGUGUGGUUACGCUCAGUUCCCUUCACCAGAUGGGUGGGGCCAGGAAUGUUGUUAUUCGACUAACUGGCAAAGCUGGGGUGCUCUGCUUGUGGGAAAUCCUGGAGGAGGUUCUGCACAUAGAUACCACAAGUUGACAGAGGAAUUAAGGGCUAAACACGACUCAAGCGACGUGCAAGGCUAUCAAAAGUGCUGUGUCAACUCAGACUUGUGUGACUUAUAUUACAGGAGACGUCCUUCCGACGAUUGUGGAGAUUAUGUGGUUCCAGAAUGGAGUUGGCUCUGGGGUGACCCUCAUUUUGUCACUCUUGAUGGCAAAAACUACACCUUUAAUGGUCUUGGUGAAUACAUAAUGGCCGAUGCUCGUAAUGGGUUUUUUCAGUUACAGGCUCGGACAAAACUAGCUAAAGGCGAUGGAACAGCGACAGUGUUUUCCGCCGCAGCUGCCAAGGAAGACAAUUCUAGUAUUGUUCAGGUUGAAUUGAACGAUGCAGGAAUAUGCGUGCUGGUUGAUGGAGAGUCCUUUAAUUACACUAGCCUUUCAAAGGAAUCUGUUACACUGAGUGGCUCUGUUGCUGUUGCCAAACCUGACAACAACUCCUUCUUGAUGGUUUUUCCAUCGGGAAUAUCAGUCACAGUUAAAGCUGCUUCGGGAGCACUUUCAAUUGUACUUGCUGCACCAAAGAGCUUCAAAAAUCAAACAAAGGGCCUGCUCGGAACAUGGAAUGAUAAUCCUGAAGACGACUUUUUGACGCCCAAUGGAACCAUUUUGCCAACAAGCGCAAACAGCAAGAAAAUUCAUUACAAUUUUGGUCUCCUUUGGCAGGUAGACAACAGGUCCACACUAUUUACAUACAAACCAGGGGAAAGCCUGAAAACUUUCGAAAAUACAUCGUUUGUCCCAAUGUUUCUAGAAGACCUUUCCUUCCCAAAUGACACCUUACGCAAA